AUGGGUGAAGAGUUUACAGGCGACUUGGAGUCGUGUUAUUCAACCAAUAUAAAAACGUUUCCUGACUGGUUAAUACCGGAAGAAAAUGGGUCUGGUUUAAAAGAUGCAAAUUACCAAGAUCCUAAUAUUGCCACUUUCGAUGAUUUGGAAAGAAUUCUUUCAGAUCAAUCGAACAAUUUUAACGAAGAUAGCCUCAAAAAGCCGAUUCUGCCUGAUGACAUGGAUUAUAAUCAUUAUGAUAACGGUAGCCAGACUCCGAAUAUCUGCGAUAAGUGGAUGAGUUCUAACUCAGAUUGGUUAAAUUACUUUACAUCGACCGCUGAUGCUAUUGGAAACGAUCAUGAUGCUUUAUGUUCAAAUGACUGUCCCGAUGAUUCGACGGAUCAGAACUCAUCUGUAGAUCAAGUAGAAAGCAACAGUCUCGUUGGAUCUUCGGAUGAUAGCAAGAGUGAUGAUUGCAGUGUUAUCGACGAUAUGUCUAACAUUAACCGAUCAUCCGAUGAAAUGGCAGACGUUCAGGAUCGUAAUGAAGAAAAGGGCAAGAUUAAUGAUCAUCAAGAUUUCACCGAUGAUGCUUUAUGCCGCAUGAGGACGAAAGAAUUAAAUAUGUGCUUAAAUGGUUUUUCGGAUAAAAAGAAGGAAGAGAUUAAGAGACGCCGAAGGACACUAAAAAAUCGAGGAUACGCUCAAAAUAGUCGGGCAAAGCGUGUAAAAGAAGCAAAAUCUAUGCUGACCGUAGUCAUUGAGCAACGCUCUAUAAUUACCAAACUGCGAAGAGAAAAGGAGCAGACAGCGCAAGAAAGAGACAAAUACAAACAACUCUUACUUGCAAGCGGGAAAAUUUGA